AGAGGUCCCAUUCGUCGGCGAAUUGUACGAUAAACCUGGCGCGUUCAUUUGCGCGGGUCAUAAUGGCCAUGGAAUGGCGCGUAUACCCGCAUGUGCCAAAGGUCUUGCAGCUUUGAUACAAGGCGAACCUUGGGAAAAGACCAAGAUUCCCGAGUGUUUCAAACCCACACCCGAACGAUUGGCCAAGGCAUGAAGAUUAUGAAGAAGGAUAUAUAAUUUAUUACCAAUGAUAAGCGUAUGAACAGACGGCGCUAUCUAUGAUAUUUUGAAGCCGCCGGCAUCGCCAUGAGAGUCCUUAUCUCUAUUUCCACUUGAUAAAGUAUGAUCGAUACUCCCAAUCAAUCACCCAUAUGGCUACGAUGUUCCCUCUACUCCUCCUUCCCCUCCUCGCGCAGGCUCAGUCCCAGCAGCCGCUCAAGUUGGACGAGCCUUGGUCCUUGAAAUAUGGGCCCCAAAAAGACCUGGGAUUCUCCGGCAUCACCAGCUACGCCCACUUGCCCUACCACAAAUGCCUCGAAGACGCAUUGCACACCUUCGAUAUCGCCAUCCUCGGUAUGCCCUUCGACACCACGACGACCUACCGCCCAGGAGCGCGUUUCGGGCCGUACGCUAUCAGGAGCGGGAGCAGGAGGCAGUCGAUUGGCGAAUACUCGUGGGACCUAUCAUGGGAGACUAAUCCUGGAGGGUUAGGCUCGGUGAUCAUCGACUGUGGAGAUGUCCCGGUGACGCCAAUGGAUAACGCGAAAGCUAUCGACCAAAUGGAAGUCGCGUACACGACGUUGCUCAAUAGGCCUGCAGUCGGGGCUACUAGGACAUCUGCAUUGACUAAGGAUGGUGUAGAACAUCCGCGUAUCGUCACGUUAGGCGGCGAUCAUACGAUUGUCCUUCCCAUCUUGCGCGCCCUGUACAAGAUAUACGGGCCCGUGUCCGUCAUCCACUUCGACUCCCACAUGGACACCGGCGCUGUCGAAGGCAGGACUGACCAAGAGCGUAUCACCCACGGAUCGUAUUUCACCAUCGCUUAUGAAGAACAUCUGAUGACCAACACCAGUAUACAUGGAGGUAUCAGAAGCAAGAUGCGCGGUCCAACACAAGUCACCCACGAUGAGUCUGUGGGCUUCCAGGUAAUCAGCGCAGAAGAUAUCGAUGACUAUGGCAUCAAGAACGUGAUAAAGGCCAUUCGAAGGCGUGUAGGCAAUGGUCCUGUAUACUUGAGUCUCGACAUCGACGUCGUAGAUCCUGGGUUUGCACCAGCCACUGGAACGCCGGAAGCCGGCGGAUGGACCACACGCGAGAUGAAGCGGAUUAUCCGUGGCUUGGCAGGGCUAAACUUUGUUGGCGCUGACAUCGUCGAAGUUGCCCCAGCAUACGACCAUGCGGAUAUCACUGGUAUCGCAGCAGCCGAUCUAGUGCAUGAUUUUCUGGUGGCGAUGCAGAUUGAUGCACCACCAAAAGCGGGCCAUAAGGGGUCUCCGUGGACGGUCGAAGAUCUUCUGUAUUACGUAGACUAGGAUUUGGUGCGGAUCCAGCCAUCAUUUGUUCGUGACCAGGUUGUUCCGUCUACGAAGAAGAAUGAAUAUAGCAUUCAGUUAUUCAGAAC